UUACCGCGGAAUGCCCGCGGAGAGCCCGGCGGGGCGGGAGGGGAAGCUUGGCCUGCGCUGCCCACGCCUCGCGGAGGAUUAACGGGAGAGGGGGUGAUUCCGAUCCUCUCGGGCGCCGUGGUGCAGGAUGAUGCACGGAGGCUGCGGGAGCCGGAGUAACAGCCCGGGGCUUCCCCGAGAGCCGGGCGGAGCUCGGGCUGCGCAGCCCUUCCCCGCUCGGAAAGUUGCUGGUGCCGGUGCAGGGAAGGCCGGCGGUGGGCAGAGCUGAAAACACGGCAGCCGCCGAGCCGGGACCCGGAGCAUGGGCGGGGGUCAGCGCGGGGCCGGUGUGUGCCCGGCCGGGGAGCGCAGCGGCUGCCGCGGGUGAAGCGUAGGCAGGCGAGAGUAGAGCAAGGCGAGAGCACUGCUGCUUCCUCGGUGCUCCCCAGGACCACCUGCAAGCUCUCAGGGCAAGGGCAGAGCCAGGGAGAGAGGGACGGAGGUUUCCUUUAUCUCCCGCAGCCCCGAGGGCAGAGCUGCCGGAGGGCGCCGGGUCGGCGAGCACCUGCCGGGAGCGCCUGGCCCCGCGGGACCUGAGUCUCAGUAAGAGUAUCCCCAGUGCGGUGCUCCAGAGACCAGCUUUCCUGUGUAUUGCUAAUUGUAGCAAUAUCUAUUUAAAAAUAUUAAACUUCCUUAUGCAUGUAUGCAGUGUUUACUGCUAGCAAUUGUGUUUAAGUUUAGUCUGAGGAGGGGGCUAUAACUAACCAAAGUACGAUAGUCUAACCUGUGUUUUGAAAACUGAAGUGCAAACUGAAAUGCAAACUGUCAUGCAAUAAAUGAAAAGACAAUUUGAGACUCAUGGUAGCCAGAACAAAUAUUUCACGGUGUACUGAACAAGGACUGGAGUUGAGAAAAGCAUCUGCAGACCAUAGUGCCUGGGAUCUGUGAUUAGGCCAAAAACGUGGGCUUUCACAAGCAAGCAGUCCUCGGGUAUCUGCAGGUCUUUGCUGUGAGCUGCCAUGCAGCUUUUCUGACUGAACACUUGUUGCUGUGGUGAUGGUCACACACUCCUGCCCUUGGGCUGACAGUAGUGAUGCAUGGGCACAUGCAUGGCCGUGAGGCCAAGGAACACCUAUGAAGGAGGCAUGGUUGCCUUCUUGAUUCCUGGCCAUUUUAAAAGACACUGUGGGUUGUGUUUAUCUUUCCUUUCCUUUUUCUAAUGUUGCCACAGGGUAAAUAGUUUUUUGAGCAACAGUUUGAUUUUCUUUUACAUUCUUGCUUCAUUGUGCUUUUGUCUUUAUCUGUUGUGACUGAAGCCUGAGCAAAUAUUUAAAAUAGUGAAUGAGGAGACAGGUCAUGGAGAAGUUGAAUUUCGUAUUCCAAGUUCCAAAACCUCUGAAUUGAGUGAGCCUGAGGUUUUCUGCAGCAGCCUGUAUGCUUAAUAACGUCAUGGUAUUGAGUAAGUUUCUAAACCCAGUUAUUACAGUGUGAGGUUUUCUAAGCACUUCUGUGAUAUGUCCUGCAUUAUCUUCCACUUAGCCUCAUGUACAUAUAAUUUGCCUGUACUGAAAGUUUUGUGCCUUCAUUGAUGUUUUUAAUAACCAUUAGGCUAUAAGUUCCAAAUAUUUUUCAUUGCAGGAUUUUUUCUGAUGUGUCUAAUGUUGUUGAAGUAGAGCCCUUUAGGAAUAUUGCACCAAGAUUACUGCAUGACACUUGGGAACUCACACUUAUUGUUUGUGAACCCUUUGGGAGCAGCCUGGUAGACCACCAGAAAUAUUUCCCCCAGCAUCAUUCAUUCAGAGUAGUAGCAAUUUCUUCUAAGUGCAGAAAUGCUUGUGCAUAGCAGAGAAAUAAUAAGCACCCAAUAUGAGGUGUUAUCAUCAGAAGUUAAAUAAAGCUAUGUCAAGUUCCUACAUUUUGUUAACAAAGUAAUGUGCAAACUCUGUGUGUGUGUGGCAGGCUCAUUUUAAGAAGCUGGCUAAUAAUAAUAAACUGUGUUUGGCUUAUGUAAUGAUCUCAACGGGAUAUAUUUCUUACAAGGCUUUUCACCCCCUGCACACUUCCUCCUGACCUGACCAAAACCAGGCUGGUUAAUGAACUGUGUAAUCUCUUAAAAGGCUCCCACAUCAUGUGGAAGAAGUUAAAAACACUCAGCCGUCCUACAGGGUGCAUUUUGCACGCUCAGAGUUGGCAGCUACGAGCGCUGCAGACCCCACGUGCUGGGGGUACACUGUGCUCUGUCCCCAGAGCCUGGGUGUCUCAUCCCUUCCCCACAGGGCACAGUCAGUGCCAGCAGUGUGGCACAGGAGCUCUGGCACAUGCCAAGAGCCCCAGUGUGUUCACCUGCCCUGCUGUGCCCGCAAGGCUGCUGGAGCUCGUUCCACUCCACUGUCACUGCAGCUAUGCCAUAUACACAAACCUCCUUCAUGCUCAGCACCUGCAUUUUCCAUGCAGCUUUGUGCAGUUGACAGAAUGUAUCCACUCAUUAACCUGUUGUGGUGUGGUGAGUGAUAUAACUGAAGCUGAGUUUCUUAGUCCUGAUUAAGCAGGUCUUUCUCCUUUUGAAAGGAUUGAGGCUUCAGUGACUGAGGAGGCUGGGCAUAAAUAGCAGUGAACUGUGCCUGAAAUUCUAUAUUCUUAUCAUAGCUGUUUUUAAAAUUGAAAGUACAUUAAAAAUACAUCAAUUUUAACACAUUCAGAGUUGUUUUUCAUUAUCUACAUAACAAUAUUUGCAAUUGACCAGCCACCAAAACACUAAUGUCUCUUGGGAAUGGCUGGGAAUGGUCUCUUCUGCCACAUUCUGUAAUCCAGCAGGAGAAGUAAUUCUGGGGAAGUUGGAAAGGAAUGCAAAUGCAAAAUCUCUCAAAUCAAAGCAGUUCUGCAUUUUAUUCAACAGCUGAGGUGGAAGCAGAAAUUGCAGGGUUGGGUUAAAAAGAGUAUGAGGAGGAUGAGGUGAGAAGACCUGAGGAGGGAGAUGUACAGGUGUGCCAUUGGGAAAAUGGGCAGUGGAGAGUGUGUGUGGCAAAAUGUUAUUGUUGGAAACUUGCAUUUAGAUUACAAAAUCUAGUUUUUAGACAUAAUUUUAUUCUUUUUGGUCACAAUUUCAUUAAUCCUUAUUGUUGAGGGGUAAAGGGCAGGGUGCAUGCCAUCGCAUGAGUUUUCAUCCAAAUCAGAUCUACCCCCAGACUUCUUGUAUCAUCUUAUGUAGUAAGGUGAUACAAAUAGAAAUAACAAACUGGUCUGGGAGUCUUAUUUUAGCCUCCUUAACUGGUGCUUUUGGGUCGUCUUUUCUUUAUGGUUACAAUCUGUCGGUGGUGAACGCUCCCGCAGGGUAUAUCAAGAAGUUUUACAAUGAAACCUGGGAGAGGAGGUAUGGCUUCUCAGUGGAUGAAGGCACGCUGACGCUUCUCUGGUCCAUAACUGUUUCUAUUUUUGCCAUCGGUGGCCUUGUGGGUGCCAUUAUUGUUACUCCAAUUGUGAAGUUCUUUGGAAGGAAAUGCACGUUGGUGCUCAAUAACGUGUUUGCAGUGGCAGCUGCCUUGUUGAUGUCCCUGUCCUUGCUGGCAGGGUCGUUUGAAAUGCUCAUACUGGGCCGCAUUAUCAUGGGUGUUGAUGCAGGCAUUUCCUUAAGUGCUCUCCCCAUGUAUUUGAGUGAAAUAUCUCCUAAGGAAAUCCGUGGUUCAUUGGGUCAGGUCACAGCAAUUUUCAUUUGUAUUGGUGUUUUCACUGGUCAAGUUUUGGGGCUUCCAGAAAUAUUUGGGCAAGAAUCUCGGUGGCCUUUCUUGUUUGGAGCAAUCAUUGUUCCAUCAUUGAUACAAGUCCUGAUUCUGCCUUUUCUUCCUGAAAGUCCUCGGUACCUCCUCCUUGAAAAGCAUGACAGGAGCAAGGCAGAAAAAGCAUUUCAGAGAUUCCUUGGGAAAGAUGACGUGUCUCAUGAAAUAGAAGAAGUUUUGGCAGAGUCUCGAGUGCAAAGGAACACCAAGCUGGUGUCCAUUGUGCAGCUGCUGAGAACCCGCGCGGUGCGAUGGCAGAUCGUCACCGUGGUCGUCACCAUGGGCUGCUACCAGCUCUGUGGGCUAAACGCUAUCUGGUACUACACAAACAACAUCUUUAGUGAAUCUGGGAUCAAUCACGAGACAAUCCCUUAUGUUACACUAAGUACUGGUGCUGUUGAGACUCUGGCUGCUGUAUUUUCUGGUUUAGUUAUUGAGCGGCUUGGACGCAGGCCUCUGCUCAUUGGAGGUUUUGGGUUGAUGAUCGUCUUCUUCGCAGUACUCACUGUCUCCCUGACUCUGCAGAGCUCUGUGCAUUGGCUUCCUUACCUCAGUAUAUUUUGUAUCCUUGCAAUCAUUGCAUCGUUCUGCAUUGGACCAGGUGGGAUUCCCUUUGUCCUCACUGGAGAGUUUUUCCAGCAGUCACAGAGGCCAGCUGCAUUCAUGAUAGCUGGGACAGUGAACUGGCUCUCCAACUUCGCUGUGGGACUGCUCUUCCCCUUCAUCCAGGCUGGUUUACAGACCUACUGCUUCCUAGUGUUUGCUGGCAUCUGCUUUGCAGGAGCGACCUACCUGUUUUUUGUCCUGCCUGAAACAAAAAAUAAGACAUUUCAUCAGAUCAGCCAAGCAUUUGCCAAAAGGAAUAAAGUAACUUUAGAAAUGCAAGAGAUGAACCACUACCCAGGGGAGAGGAAACCAAGUGAAGAACACGAAUCAAACUUCACAUCUUCAGUGGACAAUGGGGAAACCAAAAAAGGGAUCGUGUAAACCCAAGAUGCUCUUUCAGGGGAUGGGGGAAAGCAUGCUCUUUGCAUUUAUAGUGGUACACAACUUGUAUAUUUUAUGAUCUCAUGAACUGCUUCCCCCCGAAAAUGUUCUAAGUGAGUAAGGGUGAACUCAUUAGCAGCUGGGGUAAUGGCUGAGACAGUGAGGGGUGGGAGGAACAGCGACUGAUAAAAUAAAUGAGAUGGGGUUUCCUUGGCACCUGUGAAGCAAGUGCUGUGGCAAGUGGGAUGGGGAAUACAGACUUGGAGCUGUGAAGUGGCAGUGGGAGCCAGGGUUUUGAGCAGCAGCUGGCUGAGCACCCCUAUGUGCUCACAGGAAGGUGUGUGUGCUCUCUCCAAGAGGAGGAGGAGGCAGGGACAAGAGAAGAGAUCCCAGUGGGGGUCUGCUGAGAAGCAAACCUGAAAUGGCACCAGAAUGUAUUUCCCCACAUUUUCCAAGAUGUCAUUCAAGCUGCCUAUGUGAACUGACAUGACAUUCCCUGCCCUCCCAUUCCUUUUCUAGCUAUUUUGACUUUCAGUUGCAUUGCUUGAACAUCUCCCACCUUCCCACAAAUGGGUAGCUCUGGGUCCUGAUGAGUUUCCUUGUAUCACUUGCAAAUCCUGAUUCAUUAGCAAUAAGCUGUCUCUAGUUUCUGGGUUUGCUGCCACUGCAUUUCUCCGAAGAUAAGUAUUUACAUAAUUAUAUUUUUUAAGAACAAACUUAGAGGCUUUAAUAUGAAAAGAAAACUAAACCUCAUGGUGAAGUGAGAAAACUGAUGAUAUGUGUAGGGUAUAGUAUUGAAACAAAAACUCAAACGUGAAGUGUUCCAAGAGUUGGGGUUUUUAAUUGUUUUGUUUGCUUAUUCCUUUUCUUUUCAAAUUCCUUUUAAAACAAGUCUUAGGAGCCCAGAUUCCCCUGAGACCUGAUAACUUCUUAACACUCAGGCACCCAAAUUCAUACGCAGGGAUCUAUUUCUUACUUAAACACUAAUUUUUAUUUGGGCAUUAGAUUCUGAAGCACCAGGCCUAGCUCACAUUAAGCUGUCUAAAGCUUUGUAAAAUUGCUUGAUUUCAUAAGAGAAAGACUCAGCAGUCUCUCAGUGGUUCAGUGAACAAUUAAUGGGACUUUUUUUCUUAAUGAAUGUCAUCUUUACAGUUUGUAAUUUUGAUAACAGUUUCUCUUGAUCCCUCAAGGUACCUGGAUGUUGAGUAAUAACAAGAAUUUUAAAAUUAAAUAGCUGUUUUAUUUGAAAAGUCA